AAACGCGUUCGCAAACAGAAUCCAGCAUCAGUCUCCACGAUGCGAUCGUUCACGGCUCUAGUUCUGGCAGCAACCCUGGCGAUUGUGUCCGGUGCCUUCGUACCGAACACCAGCCAGGUCAAGUACGCCGACAAGCAAUGGCUCCACAAGCAGGAAGAUUUGCUGCUACUGUUCCGUCAUCUUUACCAGAAGGACUGGAAUCCUCAGCUGGUUGCCUAUGCGAAACAUUUCGAGCUGAAGAGCAGCCUCCAUCUGUACAAUGACGUUGAUGCCGCGAAGGAAUUCUGGACCUACUACGAGCACGGAUUGCUUCCCAAAGGAGAGGUGUUCUCGAUUUUUGACGAAGUGCAUCGCGAGCAGGCAAUCGCUUUGUUCCAUUUGUUUUAUUAUGCCAAAGAUUGGGAUACGUUCUACAAAACAGCGGCCUGGGCUCGAUACUACGUUAAUGAAGGUAUGUUUGUGUACGCUUUAUCUGUGGCUGUUACGCACCGCUCGGACAUGGCCGGAUUCAUUCUGCCAGCUCCGUACGAAAUUUAUCCGUACUAUUUCGUAAACACCGAAGUUGUUCAGAAAGCACAACAACUCAAAAUGCAGGGAUACCACGGAAUGAAGAAGGUUGGCGAUGUGUACACAGGUGUCAUCACAAGCAACUACACCGGAUGGUAUUUGCAUACCAAUUCCGAGCAGAAGAUUUCAUACUUCACCGAAGAUAUUGGCCUUAAUACCUACUACUACUAUUUCCACAUUGACUAUCCAUUCUGGCUGGGCGGUAAGGAAUUUGGUCUUCACAAGGAUCGUCGUGGAGAGCUGUACCUGUAUGAACAUCAGCAAAUUCUGGCUCGUUAUUAUCUAGAACGUUUAUCGAACAACCUUGGACACAUUCCGGAAUUUUCGUGGUAUUGGCCCGUGAAAACUGGUUUCUAUCCAGAUCUGCACUAUUAUAAUGGCCUCACGUUCCCGAAUCGUGACAAUUACCAUGUCGUCAAUCAGCAAACCUACUAUCACGACAUUCAGCUGAUCGAUGACUAUGAACGCCGUAUCCGUGAAGUGAUCGACCGGGGCUUCCUAAUCAUGCCCGAUGGAAAGACAGUGAAUUUCACCCAACCCGGAGCCAUCGAUGACCUAGGAAACCUGAUUCAAAGUAACCCCGAUAGCUACGAUACUCGGUUCUACAAGUACCUUAGCAUGUUCUCCCGCAUCAUCAUGGGUGUUGCUAUCGAGCCUGUUGAACCACACCAAGUCAUUCCGAGCGUUUUGGAACACUUCGAAACAUCCUUACGAGAUCCGGUGUUCUACCAAAUUUACAAACGCAUUAUUCACUACUACUAUCAAUUUAAGGAUCAUCUGUCACCGUACACCUACAAGGAGCUGUACUUCCCGGGUGUUAAGAUCGAUGAUGUCUUUGUCGAUAAAUUGGUAACAUAUUUUGACAAGUUCGAUAUUGACGUGACUAACGCCAUCGAUAUUGAGCCAGAGCCCUAUGAAGAAGGAAAGUAUACCGGUUUCGGAGAGAUCGAAUACAAGCCAGACCCGGUUGUGAUAAAAGCACGCACAAUUCGCCUCAAUCACAAACCAUUCUCAUUCAAAAUGAGCGUUACCUCCGAAAAAUCCGUGAAAGCUGUUGUUCGUGUAUUCAUUGGACCAAAAUACGAUGAGUUUGGAUCGACGUACCGUCUGAACGAGAACCGAGAAAACUUUUACGAAUUAGAUUACUUCGUGUACGAUUUGGUGGCCGGCAAAAACGUCAUCACUCGCAACUCGCUGAGCUUCAAUGGUUAUGUGAAAGAUCGAACCUCUUUCUAUGACCUCUACAAACGAGUCAUGGUGGGCUACACUACCGACGAAAAGUUCCCAUUGGACAUGUCCGAAGCUCACUGUGGCUUCCCGAGCCGUUUGAUGUUACCGAAGGGCACGAAGGGUGGAAUGACGUUCCAACUGUUCUUCAUCAUCUCACCAUACUAUGAACCGACUGUCCGGCAGUACACUGGCUUCGAUCCGGUAGUGUCUUGUGGAGUUGGUUCCGGUGCCCGCUACUUUGAUAAAUUACCAUUCGGUUACCCGCUUGAUCGCAAGAUUGAUGAAACGUAUUUCCACGUGCCGAAUACAUUCUUCGAGGAUGUGGUUAUCUUCCACAAGAAGGAGGGUGAUAUCAAUACAAUGGUGUAAAAAGAAUCACUGACCACUUUCAGACAUUAAGUCUACGAAACUAGGUUUCCCACAUCAUGCCGAUCUGGGGAAUCUAGAUUUGUCCAUACUAAAUGUGAUACUGUUUGUAAUAAAAAAGAUGAUCGAAUGAAAAGAAAAA